AUGGCGGCCGUGAAAUCUUCGCAGACGUCUUGGCCUUUCAAGUCCAUUUUUAUCACGGGCUGCAACCGAGGGAUCGGUUUAGAACUAGUUAAGCAAAUCCUUAACCUACGCGCUCCUCCGAACAAUAUCUUUGCGACUUGUCGAUCUCUGGAAAAAGCUUCUGAAUUGAAAAAGCUGGAAGCAACACAUACGAAUCUUCAUUUGAUCGAAUUUGAUGUGACUAAUUUCCAAGCCAUUGGCCAUGUAGUAUCAGAAGUAGAAAAGAAGCUCGAAGGCCAUGGUUUGAAUCUUCUAAUUAAUAAUGCUGCUGUCGCGGACAAAGCAAAUUUAGAUGCAGUCACAGCGCAAAGCAUGAUCGACGUUUACAACACAAACGUUGUUGCUCCUCUGAUAUUGACAAAGGGUCUGCUUCCUCUACUUCGCCGUGCGGCUUCUCAAAGUGGCCAUCAAAAUUCUACAAAGACAUUUGUUGCGAAUAUGUCUUCAGGGGCUGGUUCCAUAACAAACAACACCAGGGGUAGUUUGUAUCCUUACAGACCAAGCAAAGCAGCACUCAACAUGAUCACUAAAUCACUGAGCAUUGACCUUGAAAAGGAUGGAAUCAUGGCCGUUUCCUUGCAUCCAGGCUGGGUGCAGACAGACAUGGGUGGGCCAAAUGCGACAUUAACUGUGGAGCAAUCAGUUCAAGGUCUGGUGUCGGUGAUUGCAUCAUUGGAUGAGACCAAAAAUGGUGGAUUCCUUGAUUUCAGGGGACAGCUCUUACCUUGGUAGAACUCAUAUGUUUUGCUUGAGAUGUGAUAUUGUUAGUAGUAAAGGAAACGACCUCUUUGAUUCUCUAAUGCACACAUCAUGCAGACCUUCCAACUCUCACGGUUUGACUGUGAGACUCACGGUUUGGGAUGCCAUCUCACUGUCUUACGGUUUUGCCUCUAAAUCUUACGGUGAACCAGAAAACCUUGAAAUUGCCAAAAAAUUCCACAAAGUAUGAAGGAAUAUCGAAUAAUCUGUGUUCAUAACAGCUGAAUUAAUCAAACUUAUUUGUGAGUAAACCUGGGUACAAUGUCAGUUCCAGUGAAACAUCGUUGCGCUAAGGUCUCUGGGAAAGCUUAGCCUUUGAACAUGUGCACAAAUUUCAAAAUGGCUACUUGUUGUCCAGAACUCAAAAGCAAAAAAAGCAGCCAAAGCAUAUAACAGAGGGCACUAGAAAGGUAAAAAAAAACACUCAAACAAAUAAUCUGUUGUUGUUGUUUUUAAUUUGAUGCAUAUUUUGGAAAUCUCCUGGUUUGAGGUCCCAAUCUCCAGGUUUUUCUGGACUUUUUUUCAAAACCUCCAGAUUUGCAUGUGAUGGGGGUUGGAAGGUCUGCAUCAUGCAUGCUACAGUGGAACCUCACUUUUACAAAAGGCCAAGGGACUUGCAAAAUUUGUUCACUAUGACGAGAUUUCCUCAUAUCAAGGUUCUUUUUCAUAUAUCACUUUACUAUUUGUACUGGGGUAAAGAAAAUCGUUCAUUAUAUCAAGGUUCGUUAUAUGGAGGUUCCAAUGUGGUGUUAUUAUAAUCUUCUCUAAACCAUUUCAUGCAGCCAUGGUUAUCUUAAUCUUCUUGGGCUACGUGAAAAUUUCGCCAUUUUUUUUGUACAUUGUCACAUGUACUAGUACCAUCGAAAAGCAUGAGUAGACUCCAGUGCUCUUGAUACUUUCAUGCAGCAAAAGUAAGCAGUUGGACUGUGACAAUCAGUGCUCUAUCACAGUUCUUAAACUGGACUCACUUGAAUGAUAUGAAAUGCAACAGUACAGUCCAAGUGUAAAGAAAUAAUUUUUCGAAAGGAGAACAAUGCUACUAAUUAUCCUGCUUAAUUUACAAUAUUGCACAGUGUGAAAACUUGACCUUACUUGGUGUUACCUUCCAGUCUAACUGUCUAUUUGUUAAGCAUGUUGUUAAAACUAAACUAAAUGAAGCAAACAAAAGUCUUUACAGAAUAAGAGAACUUACGAAAGUGGGAUAGCCAAGAUGAAAUCAAUCAUCUUUUUAAGCCAUCGUUCUUCUUAAAAUAGUGUCUGGUCUCCCUGUUGAUAGCGUAUGUUCCUCAAAACUUUACAAUAUCCACGAGCUCUUGGAAAAAUGUGAUAGGAAAAUCUUAAAGAAAAUUAGUAGCAACAGUUGUCAACUCUGUACCCUAUGUUGCCCCAAGACAAAGCAUUCUCCCUUAGCUUAAGACGAGGUAAUAGUCAGUUACCUAAGAUAAACACUGAACAUUUUAAUAGUAGUUUUUUUAAUAGGCUUAGUUUCAGAUACAAUUAUUCUUACCGUAAGUGCCUUUAUUAAUCUCCACAGUUAAGUUAAAUGUAUCAUUAAUUUUGAUAUCUAUUGUAUGUGAUGAAUAAAGGCAUUAUUACUAUUAUUAUUAUUAUUAUUAUUAUUAUUAUUAUUAAUGACAAAGAGACAAACUUUUAGACUUCAUACAAACCCUUCCAAACAAAACUUAUAUGCAGUUAUUUAUAAAAUUAGAAAUGACACCCACAAGGAGAUUUUCAUUCUUAACUCUUACAUAUGAAUGAUCUAAAUAGGUACACAAAAACAAUUUUACAUAUCUUUGAUUGUUUGUCAUAAUUUCCUAAGCAGAGCUAUGGAGGCCCAAAGCUAACCAAACAUUCUAUGCAUUUACAGUAAUUUUGUUAGCUAACAUAGAUGCUGAAGACUUUUAGACUUGACUAAAACCUUUUUAUUAAAACUUUACUAGUGGCUUCAUGAAGGCUUUCGCUUUUAGUACCUGGACUAGGUAGCUUCACAACUGCUCAAGCAUGGAUCAUGGUGACCCUGUGAACUCUCUUUGGGAUCUCGCCAGUCAAUGCGAGGAGUUUCUUUCAACUACCACUGCAAAUAUAUUGUCAUCAGUCUGACCAUGAGGGCCACUUUUAAAGCCACGAUCAGUGAUGGGAAACCCAUAAAUCAGCCCAUGGACCACACAGGAGAUGCAACACACAUUUUGUGUAAGGGAAGCUGUUUGUUAUUGAAAUCCUUUCAUUUUCGUAGGUUACAGAAACAUUAGGUUUUUUCCCCAUACAAAUCCUUAUAUUUCGAAUGUUAUGCAACAAUGCCAAUGUUCGAGCUUGGGCUACCUGUGGCAUAACAUCAAAGAUUAACAUGGCGGCUCUUGGAGCGUCCCUGUCCUCAUGGCCAUUCAAGUCCAUUUUUAUCACGGGCUGCAAUCGAGGGAUCGGAUUAGAACUCGUCAAGCAAAUCCUAAACCUCAGCACUCCUCCAAGAAAUAUCUUUGCAACUUGCCGCUCCAUAGAAAUAGCCUCUGAAUUGAAAAAUCUUGCAGCGUCGAAUUCGAAUCUUCACUUGAUUGAAUUUGAUGUAACUGAUUUCCAAGCCAUUGGCCAUGUAGUAUCAGAGGUAGAGAAGAACCUUGAAGGCCAGGGAUUGAAUCUUGUUAUUAACAAUGCUGGAGUCAUGGAUAGUGCAAAGUUAAAUGAUGUCGCAGCUGAAGGCAUGAUCGACGUUUUCAACGCAAACGUGGUCGCUCCUCUGAUGUUGACAAAGGGUUUGCUUCCUCUUCUUCGCCGUGCGGCUUCUCAAAGCAACGAUCAGGGUUCCACCAAGGCCUUAGUUGCAAAUAUGUCGUCCUCAUUGGGUUCCAUAGCAAACACCAAAGGAGGAUUAUAUCCAUACAGAACAAGCAAAGCAGCACUUAACAUGGUCACUAAGUCACUGAGCAUUGACCUUGAAAAGGAUGGAAUCAUGACAGUUUCGUUACAUCCAGGCUGGGUGCAGACAGAUAUGGGUGGGUCAAACGCAGCGGUAACUACCGAGCAGUCAGUUCAAGGUCUGCUGUCAGUGAUUGCAUCUUUAGAUGAGUCCAAAAAUGGUGGAUUCUUAAGCUUCAGUGGAGAGAUCUUACCUUGGUAG